AUGUCUGACGAUCGUUCAAUGAAAAAAGCUGAAAAACACAAGCUAUCUGAUCCACUUGACGAUGUCGCUUGGAAAAUUAUGCGAAAGAUGGGUUAUGAACAUGGUCAAGGAUUGGGUGUUAAUGCUCAUGGUGUAGUUGAACCGGUUGCAUUGAGUAAACAAAAAGGCAGAAGUGGUCUCGGUUCAGUAAGAACAACAUCGUCAUCUGAUAAAAAGAUUGAAUCAUUCUCAGGUGAACUCUAUCAAUCUUCCAAUCCAAAUUUAGUUUGGCAUGAAGGUUGUGAUGAUGAUUAUACUACAGCUGAUGGAGAUCGUACCUGGUCAUGGUCAAUGGAAGGCGAAUGUUCUACUAAUUCCUUAUUGGAAUUGAAUUCUCUAAUUAUCAGUCCCGAUGAACCGGAGGCUUUAGGUCCUCCUAUUGAAGAGUUGGAUAAUGAAGAUAAAUUCUGCUCGAUACAUCUUGUUCAAGAAGUUUUAAAUUAUAAGAAUCAGUUAGAUUAUUUAUCAAAAUUGAAUGUCACUAAAAGUCAUGAACGUUGUAAUCCAUAUGAAUUGAUAAAGAAGGGGAUUUUUAUGAACAGAGCUGCAAUGAAAAUGGCCAAUAUUGAUUCAAUCUUUAAUGGAAUGUUUACAACUGCUGCUCCGAAAGAUGAUAUAUUAUAUUUUGCUGAUAUAUGUGCUGGUCCUGGAGGUUUCUCAGAAUAUACCUUAUGGCGACGAUGUAAUGCUCCAUAUCAUAUUCACUCAUCAAAUGAAUUGAAACGGCUUAACAAUACACCCGGUCCUAAUCAUCAUUCCAAUAUCAAUGAUAAACUAGUAGAAGAUAAUACUGAAUCUGUCGAUCAUAACAGUCCUACUAAUAAUACUGGUACUGCUUCAGAGAAAAAACAACCAUUACUGUCUGCUAAAGGAUUUGGUUUAACAUUAACCGGUCAUUGUGAUUUUCGUGAAAACGAUUUCUUGGCUGGUCCAAAAGAAGCUUUUAUGGCACAUUAUGGACCAGGACGUGAUGGUGAUGUUACAAAAUGGUCGAAUUUAGCCUCAUUCGCAUCAUUUAUUGGUCGUAGUACAAAUAAUGCUGGUGUACAUAUUCUAAUGGCAGAUGGAGGUUUCGAUGUAUCUAGUCAGUAUAAUCUUCAAGAGGUUAUGUCUAAACAAUUGUACUUAUGUCAGUGUUUAUGUGCAUUAAUCAACCUUAGACCAGGUGGACAUUUUUUAACAAAAUUAUUUGAUACAUUUACUGAAUUCACAAUUGGUAUCAUUUAUUUAAUGGGUUAUUUAUUUGAAGAGAUUUUCAUUAUAAAACCUGUAACUAGUCGACCAGCUAAUUCAGAACGUUAUUUAGUAUGCAAAAAUUUACGAUCAUCUUUAAACACAAUGGCUGGUUGUGUACCUGCUCCCAAAUCAUCAUCAUCAUCAUCAUCAUCCAUGGCAAGUCAUUCGGAUUCCACUGAUCAAAAGUCAAGUUUCCGACAGAAGACACGUAAAUUUCCAGGUCAACAACAACAAACAACCACUACAAAUGGUAUUGUUGUUGAUGAUAUGGAAGCCAGUAAAAAGUUUGGCAUUCUAACUGAUGUGAAAGAAUCUGGUUCACUUGGUCUAGUGAUCAAUCAUUUUUUACAAGUUAAUGAAAAGUUAAAUCAAAUUAAAACAAACCAAUCAAUGUCAACCGAUCCAAAAUUGGAUGUAUUAAGAAUAUGUCAUACUGAAAUAAUUGAACAAGAUGACAAAUUUAUGCAAUUUAUUCAGGGGAUGAAUGAAGAUUUUGCUAAACAUCAAUGUGUGGCUUUGUCAAAACUAUUAGCAUUCUCUCAAGAUCACAGUCUUACUGAAAAGAGACAAGAUGAAUUGUAUAAAGCAUGUUUAGAAAAAUGGAAGAUUCCAAUAACAGAACGUCGAUCUGUCCCUUGGCCUUUAUUAUCCGCUAAUCGUUCACCAAUUAUUCGUCGUUUAUUAGGUGAUAGCGAAAAUUUGACAUCACUUAAUACGUUACCAUCAGAAUAUCGUACAAAUAUACGUCUUACACCAUUUACUAAUGCAAAUUUAAAUAAUUUAGAUAUUUUAUAUCAUAGUCGAAUUGCUUUAGUAUGCGGUAAUCCGUCAAUUACAUCAACUUCUGAACCAGCUCAAAUAAUGUUCAUUUAUUCACAUGGAUCUGCAGUUACGGAUACAUAUUGCACUGUUGAUGGAGAUCAAUGGAAUAGAUUAGAUCAAGUGAUACCUAGACUAAACCCACGACUUCCACCUAGUACCUUAAUUUGGGGCCAACCAUUUUAUGAAUAUGCUGUGAAGAAUGGUUUACGAAAACAUGGUUUAUUUAUAUAUGAUGUUGUGUGUAUCUACGGUCGAGAUUGUCGUAAAUUACCAUACAGGAAAAGAAUGGAACUAGCUGAACAAAUGACAAAUGUAAUUAAUUUUCCAGAUAUGACUUCAUCCAAUGUUCGUGUACCACCAUUUCUAAAAUUGUCAGAAUUAGUUGAUUAUGUGAAAAAACUACCUCUUCUACCAUGUAAAGAUUCACCAACACUUGUACCAAUGCAUUGUUUACCCGAUGGCUUUACAUUUCAACCACAUUCUUUGUUAUUAGUACAACAUAUGACAGAUAAUUGGACUGAAGAGAUUAGUAGGAGUACUGGAAAGGUGUAUUACUUUAACCGAAUGAAAUCUGAAUCCACUUUCGAUUUACCAGAAAGUGAACACUUGUCAUUUACUGAAACACAUUACACAAAACUACCAUGGAUAACAGAACAAAAAUAUUGUCCAAGUGUUACUACUUUACUACAAUAUUUAGAAAAAAUGUCAGAUCCUUAUUCAUAGUUGUUGGGGUGAUAUACAUAUUUAUUAAUUAGUUCAAACUAUUGCUUUCAAUUACAUCCAAGUGCACCCCCCCACACACACACACUCACAAACACUUUUUAUAUGUUUCUUUUUUUUAUUUAUUCAUGAAGAAAAAAAAAACAAUAACCUAAUUGUUUGACUCGUUGUAUAAAACUUUUCUCUUGGAUUCAUAAAGUUUGUUUUACCCGCAAAAUAUUUUCAAUGAUUUAUGAAAGGAGUGAAAGUUGAUGAUGAUGUGGUGGGGGUGUUCCAUUUCAACUACAAAGUUGGCGGUUUGAAUUAUUUUGUUGUUAGGUGAUUGAAGUUAUGAAACUAGUUAUCGACAGUUCUUUUAUUUUAAGUAAGAUAGAUACCAU